AUGGCUGUAAUUUUCUAUGGGGCCCUGAUGAUAUUGAGGAAAGUUUUGGCAUUUACCUUUGGGAGAACAGAAAUAACAAAUCCGGUUUUGGAGCAAUUAGUGGAGCACAUGAAGACCUUGAUUGAGAUAAACAAGCAGAUCAGGGAAGGAAAGGACCUAGAUGCAAAUACAGUCAUGCAGCUAGAGAUUAUUGAGAGUUCAGUCACACCAAAAAAGGGGAGUGAUAUUAAACAACAGGCUACAGAUAAGAACGCUGAAGAACAACAGGUUGCAGGGGCUGAAGCAGCUCCUGGGUCAAUAACUUUCAAGGAUGUGGCUGUGGACUUCACCCAGGAGGAGUGGUGCCUAUUGGACCCUUCUCAGAAAGAGCUGUACCUGGAGGUGAUGCUGGAGAAUGUACAGAAUGUACUCUCUGUGGGGCUUCCAGUUCCUAGAGAAAAUUUGAUCUCCUAUUUUCAGCAAGGGAAAGCACCAUGGCCGCUAGAACAAAAGGGCCCAGAGGCAGAGACUAAUUUUGAAGUGAAGGAGAUGACUACAAAACUGAGCCUUUUUGUGGAAGGAUCUGGCCCCCAAAGAUGCAUGAAUGAGGGUCCCCAUGACAUCAUUUUGAGGGAAACCUGUGACUCUAAAAUCAAGUUAAAUAAAAAUCCGAAGAGUGACUAUGAAUGUGAUGAAACUGCAGAGAGAAUCAGCCAAUGUUCAGUCCUAAAUCAGUAUAUGAAAUUGUCCUCAGGAAAUGACUGUUGUCAGGAUAGGGAAUAUAGGAAAGCAUUUCCUGAAGAAGUUGGACUUGUUCAGUCUCAUGAGAAACCUCCUGAUAUGCCCAAGUAUCAAGAAUGUGGAAAGACUUUCACACAGAAGGACUCCCUCAGUAUCCAUCAGAGAAUCCACAUUGGAGAGGAACCUUAUGAAUGUAAAGAGUUUGCAAAGGAUUUUACAAAGAGGGGCUCUCUUGCUAAUUAUCAGAGAAUUCACACUGGAGAGAAACCUUUUGAAUGUAAACAAUGUGGAAAGGCUUUCAAACACAGGAGCCAACUUGCUGCACAUCAGAGAAUCCACUCUGGAGAGAAACCUUAUGAAUGUACAGAAUGUGGAAAGUCUUUUACAGUGAGGAGCUCUCUCACUGCACAUCAGAGAAUCCACACUGGAGAGAAACCUUAUGAAUGUAAACACUGUGGAAAGGCUUUUAUAGUGAGGGGCCAUCUCACUGUACAUCAGAGAAUCCACACUGGAGAGAAACCUUAUGAAUGUAAACAGUGUGGAAAGGCUUUCACACGGAGGAACAAACUUGUAGCACAUCAGAGAAUCCACACUGGAGAGAAACCUUAUGAAUGUAAACAGUGCGGAAAGGCUUUCACACAGAGGGACAAACUUGCUGUGCAUCAGAGAAUCCACACUGGAGAGAAACCUUAUGAAUGUAAACAAUGUUCAAAGGCUUUUACAGUGAGGAGCUCUCUGGCUGCACAUCAGAGAAUACACAUUGGAGAGGAACCUUAUGAAUGUAAAGAGUUUGCAAAGGAUUUUACAAAGAGGGGCUCUCUUGCUAAUUAUCAGAGAAUUCACACUGGAGAGAAACCUUUUGAAUGUAAACAAUGUGGAAAGGCUUUCAAACACAGGAGCCAACUUGCUGCACAUCAGAGAAUCCACACUGGAGAGAAACCUUAUGAAUGUACAGAAUGUGGAAAGUCUUUUACAGUGAGGAGCUCUCUCACUGCACAUCAGAGAAUCCACACUGGAGAGAAACCAUAUGAAUGUAAACUGUGUGGAAAGGCUUUCAUAAAGAGGAACAGACUUGCUGCACAUCAGAGAAUCCACACUGGAGAGAAACCUUAUGAAUGUCAACAGUGUGGAAAGGCUUUCACACAAAGGUACAAACUUGUUGUUCAUCAGAGAAUCCACACUGGAGAGAAACCUUAUAAAUGUGAACAGUGUGAAAAGGCUUUCACACAGAGGGACUCUCUCACUAUACAUCAGAGAAUCCACACUGGAGAGAAACCUUAUAAAUGUGAACAGUGUGGAAAGGCUUUCACACACAGGAGCCAACUUGCUGCACAUAAGAGAAUCCACACUGGAGAGAAACCUUAUGAAUGUACAGAAUGUGGAAAGGUUUUUACAAUGAAGAAGACUCUAGUUGUUCAUCAGAGAAUCCACACUGGAGAGAAACCUUAUGAAUGUACAGAAUGUGGAAAGACUUUCACACAGAGGGACUCCCUCAGUAUCCAUCAGAGAAUCCACACUGGAGAGAAACCUUAUGAAUGUAAACACUGUGGAAAGGCUUUUAGACUGAAGGAGAGUCUUGUUGCACAUCAGAGAAUCCACACUGGAGAGAAACCUUUUGAAUGUAAGCACUGUGUACUUUGUGGCAUUGCUCUCUUGUGGUUCUCCUUCUACCUAUCUGACUACUCCAUCCCUGGCCCCUCUGCUGACUCUUCAAGGAAAGCCUUCAGUGAGAACUCUGAGCUUGCCGCCCAUCCCAUAAUCCACACUGAAGAGAAUCCUUAUGGAUGUAAAGAAUGUAAAAAGGCUUUCACACAGAGGGGCUGUCUUGCAGCACAUUGGAGAGUCCUCAGUGGAGAGAAACCUUUUGCCCAAGGGAACACAAAUGGACAUCAGCCAGCCGUGGGUUUGGGGGAGUAUCCAUGGAAGGAGGGGAGUAUCGAAGCAUCACUGUGUCUUAGAUUGGCCACUUUUCCUCCAAGUGCUCUUGUUCUCAAGAGAGGACAGUCGUUUGGCUUUUCCCUCCCAGUAGGCUCCAUCCUCAGCCAGCGAGAAGCUCUGGGGACCAUCUCUGCUGAGGCAUCUCCAGCUCCGUCUGUUUGCUGUCCUCGUGAAGAUCUGCGUAGUCAGCAACAAGUCUGUGCAGCCAAGUUCAUCCCCUUCAGCAUACUGGUGUUCUGCAGUGUGUGGGUCUCCUUCCUGCCCACCUACCAGAGCACGAAGGGCAAAGCCACGGUGGUGGUGGAGAUCUUCUCCAUCCUGGCCUCCAGUGCUGGCUUCCUGGGCUGCAUCUUUAUUCCCAAGCUCCGGUCCCUUUCACAUGGGGACAGUUUGAUGCCUAAAAGAAACAAAGAAUCGUUGGAGGAAGCAGAGAAACACCCCGGCUCUGCGAGCGAGCGAGAGAUCUUCCCAGGAAAAGCGGCCUGUUUGGAGCCGAAGGAAUCCCGGAGGCGGCGCCCUAACUUCAAGGCACAGCAGGUGGUUUGCAUUUGGCAUUUUCAAAGGACAAAGAGUACCAGAGCUAACAUCGCCGAGGCCUACGCGGAGGCUCCAGGAAGCCGGGAAACACCGGUUGGAUUAAUCGCUGAGAGAAACGAGUGUCAGGAGUUUAAUCUCCUACUUUAA